UGCUAGUGAUGAUGGCGGAAGAGGAACAGCCUUGAGUUCCCUCUCAGUUUUUAAAUUUAAUAUAAUAAACUGACAGAAAAACAUUCCCCUCCACCGUCUCCUUACCCGAGACAAUGGGGAACGAAGCCAGCCUCGAGGGAGGAGAACAACCUGGGGAACCAGGCUCCGCUGUCCCUAUGGCGGGAGGUCCGGGUACCAUUUCAGCACCAUCGGGCACUGGACAGCACAUCAAGCCCAGCAAUGGUGCUGCAGCUGGGGGUGGAGUGGCGGCCGGACCUGGAGCAGGCAUAACCAGGCCGGGUGGGAGACAAAACCAGACUGACCAGUUGCCUGGAUCAAGGCUGGGGACCCAACCUGGCUAUGGUGACAGCAGAGCAGGGGGUGGAGCUCGGGCGGAGCCCUACCGCUUGGCCACCCACGAGAGUCCCCGGCAGCAGACCCCAGCACAGGGCCAGGCCCAAGGGCCAGGCCAGAAAGCAGGUGCCGGCACGCAUGCCUCCAGGCGCAGCCUCCAGGUGGAUGUCAGUGGUGCCGGUCGCUCCGGCCGCUCUCCAUCUGUGUCUCCAGACCGGGGCAGCGCCCCCUCCUCUCCAUACUCCGUGCCACAGAUUGCGCCGAUGCCCAGCAGCAAGCUGUGCCCCGUGUGUAAUACCACGGACCUCACAGCAUCCACUGACCCACCUAACUGCAACAACUGCACACAGUGCCGGGCCCUAGUGUGCAACCAGUGUGGAUUCAACCCCAACCCGCACCUCACUGAGGUCCAAGAAUGGCUCUGCUUGAACUGCCAGAUGCAGCGAGCUUUGGGGAUGGACAUGACUACUCCACGCUCCAAGAGCCAGCAGCAGAUCCACUCUCCUUCUCACCAAACCAAACCAGACCCUAUGCCUCAAGCCCAGCCCAAACCCCAAACCCAGGCUUCUCCAGCCUUGCCAAAGCAACCAGGCCAGACUCCCGUCCCUCAGCCUGGACCUCAAGGGGGGCCGGGUCCCCAUAGCAUGAGAUCUGACCCGUAUUCUCCACGUGGGCCAGCCACUCAGACUCUAGCCCAGGCCAGGCAUGACCCCGCGAGCCGUGGCCCACAGUCUGGGACAGGUUCAAUGCCAGGAAUGGCUAAAGCACCUUCACAACCUGAUCUGUCUCGCUCCUCCCCCAUGCACCAACCGCAGACGUCUCGACCGAGCCAGAUCCGCAGUGCAGGGAGCUCCCCAGCCCGGCAGCCGGGGUCAUCCCAGGAGUCCCAGCAAGAUGGUCUGACUGGCAAGCUCUUUGGCUUUGGAGCAUCCCUUCUGAACCAGGCCAGCACCCUAAUGUCUGUGGACCCCACCCAAACGGUCCCGUCCCAGAAGUCUCCCGUCAGGGCACCUCAUAAGGUUGUCUUCAGUGACGCCAGCAAGACCCAAGACCCUGCAGCCAUGGCUGGGGCCGCUUCUGGCAAGAUCCCUCAGUUACAACCAGUCAGCCAGCACCCGAGCCCCCAAAAGCUCCUGCAACAGCAGACCCCACAGAAACUGCCCCAGCAACCAUUGCCCCAGCACUCGAGCCCCCAGAAACUGCCCCAGCAGCCAUUGCCUCAGCAGCAGACCCCACAGAAACUGCCCCAGCAGCCAUUGUCUCAGCAGCAGACCCCACAGAAACUGCCCCAGCAGCCAUUGUCUCAGCAGCAGACCCCACAGAAACUGCCCCACCAGCCAUUGCCCCAGCAACAGACUCCACAGAAACUGCCCCAGCAGCAGACCCCACAGAAACUGCCCCAGCAGCAGACCCCACAGAAACUGCCCCACCAGCCAUUGCCCCCUCAGCCAAGCCCCCAGAAACUGCCCCAGCAGCAGACUCUACAGAAAGUACCUCAUCAGCAGAGCCCGCAGAAACUGCCCCAGCAGGCGAUACACCAGCAGAGUCCUCAGAAGCAGCAGCAGCAGAAAGCUCAUCAGGAGAUGCCACCCAAGGCCAAGGAGCCAGAGAAGCCCAAAGUCAACUGCCCAUUGUGUAAGACCGAGCUGAACAUCGGCAGUGGACUCCCUCCCAACUAUAAUUCCUGCACACAGUGCCACACACAGGUCUGCAACUUGUGUGGUUUCAACCCUACGCCGGACCUGGUAGAGAAGGAAGAAUGGCUCUGCUUGAAUUGUCAAAUGCAGAGAUUAAUGUCUGGUGGUCUGGGAGAUAUGCCACCUCCUGUUUCUCAGCUGCCGCCAAAGCAGCCGCCUGCAGGAUCACCUCGGCAUCAGCAGCAGAUGCAGCAGCCGUCACAGCAGAAACCCCCAACCCAGCAGCAGAAGCUUCCAGCUGCCUCAGGAAGUAGCCCCCUCCCCUCAGCCGUGAAGCAGUCUGCAGAGGCACGACAUGACACCACAUCCCACCAUGCCACACCUGCAGUCAAUGGAGAGGCUCAGAAACAGCCUAAGAUCACAGAGAAGGACAAGGCUCUGCCAAAACAAGACAAAGACACUGCUGCUGUGACACCUUCCAAAGACAUCAAAUUGGCACCAAAGAAGGGGACAACAGAACAAAUCAUAACAGCACCUGUGGUCAAAGACAUGAAAAAAACAGAGUCUCAGAAGUCUAGGCAUCAUGAUGAAACCACUAAGUCCAGCACCCCGGAUCUUUCACGGAGUCCUCAGAGUCAGAGUGAUACAGGUUAUUCCUCUGAUGGAAUCUCCAGCUCUCAUAGUGAAAUCACAGGACUGAUCCAAGAAGAGGAGAUGAAGCUGAGUGAGAGGGGUAUUGGUGAGCAAAGCCCCCCGAGCCCAUCUGAGAUAACAAAGCUUGAGAGUUCUAUGCGACCUCUGCUGGAAUCAAAGUCCAUCUCUGAUCAGGAGCAGAAGAAGGAGCGGGGGAAACACCAACGUGACUCCAGGGAGGUUGAUGAUAAGAAGCAGCGUCCUCGAUCUCUGUCCAUCACCCCAGAGGCAUAUGACUCAGAUGAGGAGCUGGAAGACAUCCUUGAGGAGGAUGAGGACCCAAUUGACUGGGAGGACCAACAUGACCUCAGUGAAUGUCCAGGAGAGUCCUCAGAUGAUUUUAGCAGUAAACUGCGCCAUGACUAUGUAGAAGAUAGUAGUGAAAGUGGUUUCUCUCCUAUACCUGGCAGAUCAAGAAAAUCAGAGAAAGAAAUGACAGAUGAAGAGUUCAUGAGGCGGCAGAUCUUGGAAAUGAGUGCUGAUGAGGACAUUAAUGAUGAAGAUGAUGAAGAAUAUAGUUACCAAAAACCAAAAAAGAUGCAUAAGCACAGUAGCGAUUCUGGGAGAGAGAAACGCAGACUCACACAUCACUCAAGCAGCUAUGAAGAAGACAGUAAAGGAGGUGAUGAUGGCUACCAGGGCGCUGGUGAAGAUGGAGAAGAAGAUAUCAUGUCUUCACAAGGAGGGUUACGCCGUUUCAAAACCAUUGAGUUGAACAACACAAGCAGCUACAGCCGUGAUAUGGAGCUUAGCAACGAGAAUGACCUUAGCUUAGACCGAGAACCAGAACUGGAAAUGGAGAGUCUGACUGGCUCUCCUGAGGAACGAUCAAGAGGGGAAUAUUCUUCAACUCUCCCAGCAACUACACCAAGUUAUACAUCUGGUACGUCUCCAACAUCUGUGUCUUCCAUGGAGGAAGAUAGUGACAGCAGUCCCAGUCGUAGACAAAGGCUUGAGGAAGCCAAACAGCAGAGGAAAGCCCGGCAUCGGUCUCAUGGCCCACUUCUUCCAACCAUUGAAGAUUCAUCUGAGGAAGAUGAGCUGAGGGAAGAAGAGGAACUGUUACGAGAACAGGAAAAGAUGAGAGAAGUAGAGCAGCAGAGGAUUCGGAGCACUGCUCGAAAAACUAAAAGGGACAAGGAGGAGUUGAGGGCACAAAGACGCAGGGAACGAUCCAAGACUCCUCCAAGUAACCUUUCCCCAAUUGAAGAUGCAUCUCCUACAGAAGAACUGAGACAGGCAGCUGAAAUGGAGGAACUUCACAGAUCUUCCUGCUCAGAAUACUCACCAUCUAUUGAUUCUGAGGCAGAAGGUUUUGAAAUGAUAGCUUCCAAACUGUACAAGUCUGGGAGUGAGUAUAAUCUACCAACAUUUAUGUCACUCUACUCCCCAACUGAAAAACCCACUACUACCACCUCUUCUUCAUCCAGCAAGCCACUGAAAAGUGCUGAAGAGGUCUAUGAGGAAAUGAUGAGAAAGGCAGAGAUGCUGCAAAAACAGCAGAAGCAGCAAACACAAGUGAGACAAGGACAGCAAUAUGACAGUUCACAUCAGCAGGAGGAAUUAAGACAUGAGCAGGAUCAGUAUAAGGAUGAAUAUGAUUACAACAAUCUUGAUCAAAGUGGCUAUGACAACAAUGUGUCUCAGACUGGUGACAUCUAUGAGGAGAUUCGUCAAACAUCUCAAAACAUCACAAAAAUGCACCAGUCUUCCACCCAUGAGCUAAAACAGCAGAAAGUAGAUCAAAUGGAAAUAGACGACUCUUACCCAGACAAGCAGCUUUUAGAUACUGGUUCAGCUUUUGCUAAAUUACUUGAACAAAAUAAUGCCCUUCUAACUCCAGGGACCAGUCCAACUCAGCUUUCAGCACCCGUCUCAUUUGUCUCCACGGGUACAGAGACCAGUACAACUGUAGUAAGAGGGAUUCCUGAUGUUCGAGUAACACAGCAUUUUUCAAAAGAAGGGCAGAGAGAAAAAAUAAGGAGUCAAACUAAAAGCAGCGGUGUACCUGCUGUUGCAACCACUAUUGCUGCAUACGGAAGCUAUAUUAGAGAUACAGCAACUGUUUCCCAAACUGCAGUUAGUCAAACUGCAACCACAACACAAUAUAGUCGCCAGACAGUUACUCCCUCAAAUGUUUCCAGCAAAAUAGCAGAGAUAACUCAGGCCUACAGUCAGAGAGAAGGUGCUGGGAAAAGGGUUGCAGAAAGCAGAGGUAUUCCAGCAACAUCCUCAGAUCGAGAAAACGAAUCGUUAACAUCUAAAGUUUAUUCCUAUUUUAAAGGAUCAAGCCCUCCUCUUUCUCCAUCUGGCUCUCCUACACAGAGCCCUAAACGCUCUCCAUCCAGAACAGCAACAGCUGAGUUCUCUACACAAACAUUCAUUACUGCUAUGUCAGUGGCUCCUACUAGUCCUAGUGCCACAUCUCCUGUUACGGCACAAGGAACCCAGACACCACACAGAGUUUCACCACGCCUUUCUAGACAACAGUCCUCCCAAGAGUCUCCGUUUAUAGUAAUAACAUUAGGCUCAGAGCCAACCAGCCCUAGUAAGCCUGUAACUGUUAAUUCCUCAACUUCUCCCAUUUCGUCACCAACAAAGAGUCAUCAGCUAACAUUUCAUGCUUAUGCUGAAACAAGUCCUCCAACAUCGCCACCUUACCAUUCUCCACAACACACCAUUUAUAAGACAAAGAUGGUGGAAAAAGUAAAUGCUGGCACAAGCAUGGUAACUACAGCAAGCACUUACAGUCGAGGAUCAUUGUCUAUGGAAAAUAUCUCCUUGUGUAGAAUUUCUACAGUUCCUGGCACUUCCAGAGUGGAACAAGGCCAAAUGUUACCUAGUAGCAGUUUAGUUGACUUGAGAACCAUAGCAAAACCAACUCCAGUAAUCAUGACAGAUCAGGGGAUGGAUUUAACAUCUUUGGCAACAGAAACACGCAAGUACUCCAUGGGUGUUGAUGGAAGUCCUAAUCAAAAUUGCACAGCUGUUCAACCACUUAUAAUGAACUUAAAUAACCAGGAACAUCCACAUGUUGGGGUAUCGACAGCUACAACAGUGAGUAUCACAGUCGCAGCCUCCAUGUUCAUAUCACAGCCAAAGCAACCUGUCAUUUAUGGAGAUCCUCUUCAGAAUCGAGUAGACCUUGGCCAAGGAAUGGGUCCGGCAGUGUGUCUGGCUCAGAACAAGCCACCGGUAACUGAUCCUUCCAUCCCGAAGAUAGAUGCUAAGUUAGAAGACUUGAGCAUUCAGCAGCAACAACUACUGAAGCAGCAGCAGAAAUUGCAGCAGCAGCAGCAGCAACUAGAACAACAGCUACAGCAGCAUCAUCAACAGCAGCUGCAGCAGCAGGCAGCAUCCUUUUCAAGAUUUAACCUUGCUAAUCAAGUCCAGCCAAUGAUUAAGAAAGAUUUGCUAGUGAGUCAGACUAGCACUACUAAAGCUGUGGUAAGUGCAAUUCCCAGGGCGUCCCCUCUUUCCGAUCAAGCUGCAGCUGGCCUUUCUCAAGAUAUCUAUGGUGCUGGAACCUUGGACCUUAAGACUAAACACAAUGUCAUGAAUUUGUCUACGGUUAAACCUCAAGUUAUGAUGGUGCAAUUGGAUAACACUUCACGAGUGCCAAUGAGCCAAGUGGUUAAAUCAGAAGAAACUGCAGAUGCGAUCGAUUUAACUGGUCAGAUCAAAGCAGACAAUCAGAUGGCUUGCUGUGAUGUUGUGUAUAGACUACCCUUUGGUGGAAGUUGUACUGGAGGCCCCUUUACUCAGAAGCCAAAAGCAGCAGAGAAAACUCAGACAGCAGAAGCUGUACAGGGUACCCAUCCUUCUACAGAGUCAUAUGGGAAAAGAAUGCAAGAAUCUGGACCAGAAAACCUUCAAUAUGAUCAACUACCAUUGAAUGAAACGUUGCCACCAUCCAUUUCAGACACUAAUCUUUCAGAAACUGAAAUCCAUUACUGCCAGACAAAGAAUGAUUCUAAUUUGCAAGGUUCUGGAGAAUUUGCUAUGGAUUUAAGCACCAUGAAACAAACUUAUGAAGGGGGUUACCUUGGCAUGGGUACGCAGUAUGGAUCCUACACAGAUCUUCGUCAUCAGGGAGAUGUCACAGGUCAAUCCUUACCUAUACGGCGCUAUGGCUCCAUGUCAAACAUUAACACUGACUCCAGCUAUUCUACACGGGAAAUUUGUGGUACCCAGGAAGCUAAUUUAGCCCAGUAUAGUGCUACUACUGCCAGAGAAAUCAGUCGAAUGUGUGCAGCUCUGAAUUCAAUGGACCAGUUUGGUGGGAGAUAUAGCAGUAAUCCAGAACUUUUGCAAUAUGGCUCUCCAAGGGGAGUUGGUCCUGAAGGUGCACUCAACUUGCAAGGCAUAGCAUCAAUAAGAGCCAGUUUGAUGUACGGUACUGACGGGAGGAAAACUAAUCAACCUUAUGUUAAUCUAGCAGGCAUAAGGCAAGCAGGCCUGAGAGCACUGCACCCAUCUUCAAUCAGGGCUGCUGAUGGCAUGAUAUACUCUACAAUUAACACCCCUAUUGCUUCUACCUUGCCAAUCACAACCCAGCCUGCAUCUGUACUCCGACCAAUGCUUAGAGGAGUUUACAGACCUUAUCCUGCAACUACUAUGACAGCUGUACCUUUGGCUAGUUUGACCAGAAUGCCUGUUGUAACUCCAAGAAUGCCCCUGUCCUCACAAAGGCCUUACCGAUAUCCUCCUCCGAACCGUUUCCCAAUUGCCACUGGACCUGUAACUGUACCAGCUACAAAUAUAGUUCAGGACACUCCUGUGUAUCUAGGAAAGCCAUCAGUGACCACUUCAGCAACUGCUACAAUGGGAACUGCUGCUCCUCUUCAGGUUACUCAAACUGCGAGCCACUUAAGUGGACUUGCACCAAGUGUACCUGCUAUGUUAGUGCCAUCUGUGAUUCCAUCCAUUGUACCUACAAACCAACAACAACAUCACACAAUGCAACUUUCACAGUCACAAAUGCCAACUCAAAUGCUAGUACAGCAACAGACUCAACCUCAGGUUCAGCCACAAAUACCACCCCAGAUGCAACAACAAAUUAAAUUGCCAACUCAAUCUCCAGCUCAUCAUCAAAUGCCAAUACAUCCUCAAAUGCAAAGCCCAGCUCACUCUCAAAUGCUAACCCAAGCACACAUACAACAUCAAGCUCCACUCCCACAUCAAAGUCCACAUCCUCGAAUCCAACCUCAAACACAGUCUCAACUUCCUACAGCUCUAACACAGCCCCAGACACAACCACAAACACAACCCCAAACCCAGUCUAUUACUCAAGUUGCAACAGCCCCUGGAACCACUGUUGCUAUCAGCAGCAGUAACCUCGAGAAAGAGAAGGAGGAGGAAAGGCUGCGUCGACAACAGGAGCAAUUGCUGAAUAUAGAACGAGAGCGUGUGGAACUGGAAAAACUUCGACAAAUACGUUUGCAGGAUGAGCUUGAAAGGGAGCGUUUGGAGCUACAGCGUCAUAGGGAGAAAGAACAAAUGUUAGUGCAGCGUGAAAUCCAAGAGCUGCAGACUAUCAAGCAGCAGGUCCUUCAGCAGCAACAAGCUGAGAGGGAGAACCAGUUAGUUAUGCAAAGGGAACAGUUAGCACAGCAAAAGCAACAACUAGACCAGAUCCAGUCACUACAGCAACAGCUUCAGCAACAGCUUGAGGAACAGAAAAGGCAGAAAACGGCCGCUGUCGCUGCAGCAGCUGCUGCUGCAGCUGCAACGACGGCCACAACUGUUCAAGGUGGAAUACAGGUGGUACCAAUAGCUGGGGAGGGGGCCCCUCAGGGAUUCACUAUUGACCAAACUGGCAGGAUAUUACAGCAAGACAUGCAGCCUGAGCUACAAAGGACCCAGAAUGGACAAUACUGGCAACCUUGUGGAGAUGGUCCAGUUGUUCAAGGAUUGAUGCCUCCAAGGCCGUUGCCAAGUUCUGCUUCUGAAAUGUCACUGAGGAAUAAUGAAGAACUUCUUGAGACAAGAGCUAUGAAGAAAAGAAAUUCAAUGCCUCGCCUGAGGGAUGGGCUGGAAGGAGAAUCAAACCAGUCUGCUGUGAAAAGGAUUGUUGACAGCUGUGUUCAGACCGAUGAUGAGGAUGGAGAAGAGAAAUUCUUAAUAUCACGACGGAGAAGGACCAGGAGAAGUGUGGACUGUAGUGUUCAAACUGAUGAUGAAGACAAAGCAGAGUGGGAACAGCCAGUCAGGCGCAGACGUUCUCGAUUUUCAAAGCACUCUGAGUCUACAGCCGACAGCAAGGCUGAAACCUCCAAAGUUGCAUCGUCAAGCAUCGCCAUCCAGACGAUUCGUGACUGUUCAUCUCAGACUGAAUCAGAGCAGCUGGGAAGAGCUUCACCUGCAAUCCAUAUUACUACACCUGACCCAAAAGUUGAAAUUGUGCAUUAUAUUUCUGCACCAGAAAGGACUCAGAAGGGGGAGAGUCUUGCUUGCCAGACUGAAACCGAUGCUCAAGCUCAAAUACUGAUCACACCUCAACUCACUGUACCCACCACCAUCAGCCCGUACUCCAGCAGUAUCCAAAUCAUUGGUUCCGGCACAGCAGACCCCCUUUCACCACGACAUCAAGGACUUACUAAGUUUGAGAGAAGGAAGCCUGAUCCACUGGAAAUAAGUUACCAGUCCCAUCAUCUGCACAAUGAGUCUCUCUCUGGCCUUGUACGUCAGACCCCCAAGUCACCCCAGGUUCUGUACUCACCCGUCUCUCCACUUUCCCCUCAUCGACUGCUGGAAACUUCUCUGUCAUCAAGUGAGAGGCUCAACAAAGCCCAUGUCACACCUCAGAAGCACUUCAUUUCUGAGUGUCCCCAACGUCACCAAACAUUGCCGAGGCCAAUAAAGACCGUACAGCGAUCACUGUCAGACCCCAAACCACUCAGCCCCACUUCAGAGGACACUGCUCGUGCCAGACUCACCCUGUACCACCAACAAGCUCUGCAGAGCCAGCUUGCUGCCCUACAGCAGAGCUCACUGAUGCGGAAAGUGAAGAGAACACUGCCCAGCCCUCCGCCCGAGGAAAGCAACCUCCCCAUUGUUACCCAUGCCCUGCCUCAGAUGUAUAUGCCAACUCUGACUCAGAAAUUUGGGCCCAGACCAAUGAUGGCCACCAAGCCAAGCCUCCUGAAGGACCUCACACAUGAGCUGAAGGUGGUGGAACAGGAGUCCACUAAGCUGCGCAAGCAACAAGCAGAGCUGGAGGAGGAGGAGAAGGAGAUUGAUGCCAAGCUGCGGUACCUAGAGCUUGGCAUCACACAGCGCAAGGAGACACUUGUGAAAGAAAGAGAGAGGAGAGAGCUGGCCUAUAUCCGCUGCAUGGGUGAUACCCGGGAUUACAUGUCAGACAGUGAGCUCAACAAUAUUCGUAUUAUGGCUAGCACCUAUGAAGGCAAUGGGCUUCUUUCAAGACCGAGUACUGCCCCACUCAGUCAGUUCACUCCCGAUCUGAACACAGUACAGUAUCCCCCUACCUCAUCUUUCCUUACCUACCAAUACCCACAAAGUCAGUCAGCUCCACAGAUAACCCCAACCUAUCAGCAAACAGGAUUCCAGCCUCCACAAUACCCAACAGUUACACAAGCUCUUCCUCUUCCUCAGUCAAGUACCUUGCAGGCCCACCAACCUCCCCCAAAUUAUCAGGGCACAUUUCCACCUCCCAGCUUCCCCCAGAGUCAACCUAACUAUCAAACAGAUCUGGGUAUGCAACCACCCCACCUGGGAUUCCAGCCUCCUCCAGGCCCACCCCCAUACCCAACACAGACCCUGCCAUACCCCACCCAAACAGGCUUCCAGACUGGCCAGUCUUUCCAACCACAAGCUGAAAUCCUUACCGUUCACCAGCGACCACGGCAGACCUCCUUAGCUGACUUAGAGCAGAAAAUUCCAACAAAUUAUGAGGUGAUCAGCAAUCCCACUGUAGUUGUCACCAACCUAACUCAAGAUCCUACCUACACCUCCACAACUGUGACUAACACUUAUGGACAAUAUACCACUACUUUAACUAACACGUAUGGGCAAUAUUCCACAACUAUGUCUAAUAACUAUGGACAGUACACUACAACCUUAGCAAAUACUUAUGGACAGUAUAAUACAACUAUGUCCAACACUUAUGGACCAUACAAACCUCCAGAGACAACCUUGUCUGACCGGAUCCACUCAGUUGACAGUCCAUCAUCUGCCUAUACUUCAGAGGGUGUCUACUCUAACCUUGAGCAAAAUGUACCUCGAAAUUAUGUCAUGAUAGAUGACAUUAAUGAGCUGACGAAAGAGAGCAUGGCCCCAUCCUCAGAUAUGCACAAGACCGACACACUGCAAUCCCAUGGACACCCUACAAGUGCACGGUAUGGAAGUGAGAGCAUCUCCACAAGAACAAGCGCCUACGGCAGGACUGAGGAGGAAUCUGAGGAAGACCUGUAUGACCACCACAGCAGGGGUAAGAGCACCAGCAGCUACCACCAACGAGGUUCAGACAGUCAUGGCCGAAUGGGCAGCAGCAUGGGUGGGGGAAGCUCAUAUUACUAUGAUGACUACAAGCACUCUACACGUAGCAGCUCUGGCAUGGGAGUGCAGAAGCAUUCCUCUAAAAGUCUGGCUCCAGCUGUCAUGUCCUCCAAGCGAAGCAAACACAGAAAACAAGGCAUGGAGCAGAAGAUCUCUAAAUUCUCUCCUAUCGAAGAGGCAAAAGAUGUUGAAUCUGAUCUGGCCUCAUAUACUAUAACUACUUCUACUGGUGGUAGCUGCACUGUUGUAUCUAGGGCUAAGAAGCUUCAGGACGAGAUCACUUAUGGGUUGAAGAAGAAUGUCUAUGAUCAACAAAAGUAUUAUGGCAUGUCCAGUCGUGAGGCGCUUGAGGAAGAUGACCGCAUGUACAGCUCCGGACGGUCAAGAUCGACAGGCUACGGAAUGGACAAGAUUUCUUCGAGAGAUUCGGGCAACCAUAGGAGCAAGUCCUACGAGAGGGACACCGUGGAUCGCUCACACAGGGGUAGUCACAGCCGUGGCAGGCCCUCUAUGCGCUCCCAAACCUCAGAGGAGGAAAGCCCGCUCAGCCCUGUGGGGAAGCUCAUGGGCGUUGGACGAGGCUCAGUAGGGCCAGAGCCAGCUGACGCUCGGAAUCAGUACGGCUCUAGCCACUCCUUGCCUGAUGUGCAGGACCACAUGAAGGACCUGCCGAGGAGCCAUGUCUACAAACCAGAUGAUUCUUACAUUAUAGAUGAUAUGCAUUGUGCUGUGUCUGACAGCGAAGCCUAUCAUUUGGGACAGGAAGAAACAGACUGGUUUGAGAAGCCGCGGGAUGCUCGCUCUGACAGGUCCAGACACUACAGCAGUGGCCACUCAUCCUCACAACGGAGAAACCAUGUCAAGCACACGUAUCACGACUAUGAUGAACCUCCUGAUGAGGAUCUCUGGCCACAAGACGACUACGGUCACCCACGUCACUCAUCUCGGGACCACAGGCAUCAUAGUGGCACCUCUGGCAGACAUUCCUCUUCUUCACGCCACUCCGAAGAACCCAGAUCCUCUAGGUCUUCUAAAGGACACAUGAAGGACCCCUCAGUGCGCCAUGAUACCCGGCAGGUGUCAUCCUCUUCUGGAAAAAGGGGUGGGUCUGACUCACGCGCUUCACAGGGCUACCACUCUUCAGAUUACCGUGAUGCAUCGAGCCACCACCACUCCAGUCAGAGGUCCCAGAAGCAGCCAUCGUCCUCGUCCCCCCAUCAACAGACGUCCAGGAAACAGCAGGAUCUACAAUCCCACCCAUCCUCAUCAAGGCAGCAGGCAUCCAGCCAGCAGCAGCGGUCAUCUGGUGGGCCUCCAUCUAGCCGGCAGCCUGCCUCGCAGCAGCAGGAUGGUCUACAGCCCCAGGGGCAGCAGCCACGCACCCAGCAGCAGCAACAGCAGCAGCAGCAGCAGCAGCAGCAGCAGCAACAACAGCAACAGCAGCAGCAGCAGCAGCAACCGCCACAGCCACAGACUUCGACAGCACGACAGCAACAGCCACCUGGGCCAGCACAGCAGCAAACAACACAGGCUGCACAGAUGCAGGCAAAGCCUGGACAGGCUCAGGCUCGGCAGCCACAAACCGGGCCUCAGGCUGCCACUGCGGCUAAGACAGACGCUGCGCCCGUGUCUGGUAUAGGAUCGAAGCCGAUGUCUGCACAACCUGCAAAACCACCUCAGCAACCACUGACUGGAAUAGGUUCUAAAGCUGCCCCUAGGACUGGAGGAAUAGGAAGUGCUGCAGCGGGGCAGGCGACCACUGACGGAGAGAGUGUCCUGUCAAAAAUCCUGCCGGGAGGAGCUGCCGAACAAGCGGGCAAACUGGGAGAAGCUGUGUCUGCUUUUGGAAAGAAGUUCACAUCCUUCUUCUGAGCUGCUGAGCGAACCGAUUUCUGGAGUGGUCGUGGAGAACAGAUCAAAUUUUUGUACUGGAAAAACCCAUGAUGCCUCUGCAAUGUAUAUUUCAUUUAAAAGAAAAUGGCAGAGUUCUGAGUACAAGACUAACCAGGUUUGGAAUCAAUAGAAUCCUCAUUUGUGAUGAUCCAGGCAUCAACACACAACAGAAGAGACAAUCAUCAACUCCCAGAGGUAUUCUAACUCAUGAAAGAGGGAAAUAAGGAGAAAUCAAGCAUGGCUAGCCGUGGGUAAUUCUGAGGAUCCCGUCUUUACCCAAUAUUUUUGAGAAGGUUUCUGGAUGAGCUACGGGUUAAAGAAAACUGUUCUAGGAAAGAGAUGUAUUUUGACCAGAGCUUUGUAUAUAAACCUUGGAUGACCAAGGCCAGCAACCUCAAGGUUUGGAAAGGAAUGUCGGCUAUAGCACUUCUUCAAAAGCACAGUUGGAAAAGUCUGGGUUCGGAUGAUGAAAAUAUAUAAAUGUUUCACUUUCUCGAUGUGUGAGAUGCCACCUCAGAGGGAUUACAUCACAUCUUGGGGAUCCUUAAUUCCAAACACUUGUGCUCAGAAAACAAGCCACAAUAUCCACUUGUUCUCUAAAUGCUUCAUGGGUUUUUCCUGUACUAAAGGAACUUUUUCUUCACAUAAUAAUAUUUGGCAGGUAUUGUGAGGAAAUUAUUACGAUGACAACAAAAUAUCCCUGUUGUCCUCUUUGGUUUUGAUAUCUUUACAUUCCAGUAUGGAAACAUCGUUUUUGAAUGCAGACUUUUUCCUUGGAAUGUGUCCAGAAGAGGAUUUAUGAUUAGAAUGCAUGUGAAUUUCUAUCCAAGACCUACCACUGUUCAUCAUUAAAAUUAAGGAGGCCAUAUGACAUUUUAAAAAAAGAGAAGACAUAUAAUAUUUAAAAGAAAGAUGAGAAGCAAGACCAAUCAAGCCACAUCACUGAACACUUCUCUGAGGUUAGGGAAGCCCUCAGAAGUCAAUGUGGUCAAGGCUGUUUGAGCAAUUGCAAAGCCAUUGUGAAAUCACCAGAAAUUGCUGGGUUUUCGAUGUUUUAUAUUAUUUAUUUUUAUUAUUUAUAUUUAAUUUUUACAUGUAUUUUCUUGAUUUUGCAUCAUGACAGCCUUAAUAGUAUUUUGUUUUGCUUAUAUACCUCACAUUUUUUAUCCGUAUAGCCUUUUUUAAUUUCUUCACACACUGUAUGCUAUAUAUGUAUGUAAUUUUUCCAGCUCGAGUACAGUUUUAAAUAUGAAUUAAUACUUUUAGUGUUUGUUUUACACUUUUGUAUUGCUUUUCAUUUGUUCUUCUUAUCAUAAUUGCCAUAAUUAUUAUAAUACAAUUUUUGUUUUCCAAAAAAAGCAAUAGCAUGCAGAAGACAGUAUGUUAAAAGCACAAUCUUGUGUUGUUUCAGAACAUGGGGUCAGGAAUGUGUUGCCUCUGUUAUUAUCCCUGUAAUGGACUAAUACAUCGCAAAAAGACUGUCAGUCUUCACUGCAACAAAACAGGGAGGAGUAACUACAGCUGGACCAUAUUCAUGAUGCAGGGAGUCUAUGCUAAUCGCUCUUUUGAAAAUAAGUUAUAAGCAUGCAAGAAUAAUGGGAAAAGGGGGAAAAGUAAGACUGAUAUGGGGGGAAAAACCUUUCUGCAUGAGGCAAUGAAAGCAAAAGACUAGAAAAUGAGACGCUAUAGGCAUAUUUUACAUAUAUAGUGUGCCUUCAUGUCUUGAGUUACAUAGAUAAACAUAGAUGCAUACAAGCCAUUUACAUGUAGAGUACCAUGUGGGAGGCUGUAACGAAUACUACCAAAUAAGUAAACGAAGACCAUGGCCAUUCUGUUAAUUACAAAGGGGCCCUCACACUGUGCUAUGCAUAUGAGAUAAUCAUAAAUUACAUCUGUGUCAUUGGCCAUUCCACAGACGAUGCAGAUAGGCUGUGUAGUUUCAACACUGGCAAAUGUUAGAAGAGCACUAAAAAAAACUCAAGGAAUGAAUAGCGACAGGUAAUUUUCACUGCAUGAGAUCCAACUCAGCAUCGCGUCAUUUAAAUUCCUUGAGGAAGGAAAUUUCACAAAGAGCAUAGCACAAGUGCAGUAUGAGAAAGGAGCUUUAGUCAAUGAAACUCUGGGAUAGCAGAAGCUCUACUGGAGCCAGUCAUGAUUUUGACAGUCGUCAGAAAAACCUCUCAGGUCAGUUUGCCCCCUGCUGUUUUGUUGCAGUGUUACAGACACCCUGGCCCAGCCUGACCCCCACCCCAGCCCUAAAUUUGAUAUAUAUUGUCUUUCUGUAGUUGCUGAACGUUAAGCAUGCUCUGGUGAAACGUCAUAUCCCACGUGUUUAUCUGUUUCCUGUAUGUCAGCUUCCAACCAUCCAAGAUCAGAACAAGCAGACAAACAAGUAAAAAUGGUGGUCAAAAGUAAUCUUUUCAUUUAAAAUGUUCUAUGCAAUGAUUCAUAUUAAAAGAUAUAAAGACAAAAAAAUCUAUACCACUAUCAUCGUUAUGUCUGAAAAUACAGCAGCAUUGCGUUGCUGAGGAAUAAAAAUGGGUAGAGUUGUUUGUAUUUAGCUGUUUGUAUGUAAUUUAAUAAUUGGAUUAAGUAUUUUAUUUUAGUGGCAUGUUUGACCCCCCAUUCCUUGAUGUGGGAAAACUUUGGCAAAGGGUUAACUAUGUAGAAUCAUGUUUGUCCUUCAUCUCGUGGCUUAAAGCAUGGGUUGUUAGGCACAGUAAAACGUUUUGCACGCCCUUCUUCAUUUCAGUGUUUGCAGGGUGUUCUGUUCUCUGUAGCACUCGGCUGCCAGUUUAUGCACUUGUUAUUCGCAAAAAAUAUGUAACAAUAAUACAGGACAGCUAUUUAAGGCAUCAUUAAGGAACAAACAGAAGCCACUGUAAGUGUGCUAAACAGUUGUUCGGGCAUUUUCUGAUUGAAAAAAAAUGAAGUUGAUGAGACUCAUACAGAAGCUAAUGUAGUCGAUAAACAUUUCUGUAUUAGCUGGGGAGUGAUAUAAGUGUUUGUAUGAAAUAUUUAUUUGUGUACCAGCAGUAACAGGAUUUUUGUGAAACAUACAGUACCUUCAAAAUAAAUGUACUCUACAAGUGAAUUUUGCGAAACUGUAACUAUAUAAGCCUGUUUUACGUUUGAUUGGGAAAUUCAAAUGAUAACCUUCCUGACGAUGUAGUUAGUUAUUAAGGGCAUAUUUGCUGAGCUGUGGAGUUUGAAUUUCAUUCUGGUUACAUAAGUUAGCUGUUGUGUUACAUAAGUUAAUAGUAAAGACAGUUUAUCCAAUAUGCCAUAUAAUUUUUUAUGCUCUCCAUUUUUUCUCUGUAUCCAUGUUUUUUCAUACAAUACUUUUAGCAUCCUGGUUUUCAUACACCACCAUUUUAAAUUUAAAUAAUUCUAAAUGUAUCCAGAAAUGUAGUUCAUUUGUAAUAAUCUAGUCAAAAAUACACUCCGCCUAAAAUUAGAUAAUUUCGACCUGAUUUAAAAAGAGAGAACUGUCCAUGGUCGAAGUUAUUUGUAUUCCUUUCUAUUAACAUAACCUAGAUUCUUAGAUUGUUUUCAUUCAGUUUAGUCACAGAAAAAUAUAAAACAUAUAACAGCUGCAUUUAUAAAUUGUGACAGAUCUGCAGUCAGACGGUUUGUAAGACCAGGGGCAAACAUAGAUAAUACGGUAUGUAGCUAAUUUGACCUGUUGGAGAGAAGAUCAGUUCCACACCAGAAUUUUCAUCAAUUACUGAUGACUAAGUUUUCCUAAGGACAAAAAAAAUGUUUCCAACCACUUUGGUCACAACCAUCGGCCCUUUAGUGACUACAGAGGAUGCCAUGAGAAUUACGCUGUAUUACCUGCAGUUUUCAAUGUAUUUAUUUGCAGUGAAUAACAGCUAAAACAGGAUACUCCUCAAUGUUUUGACUAAUGUGGCAGUUAUAGCAAAUGUGACUAUGCAAUCAUAAACUGGGAUAAAGAGCAGUUGUUCAUGUAUGCCUUAGGAAUGAAAUGGUUAAUUAGUUUGACAAAGAAGGAUUCACAUUUGCAUAUCAUGAAAUGGCUUAUGAUGUAAUGGAGAUAAUCAAUACAAUUUCCCAGAAAUUACUCUAUUACAUGCACAAAAUUACACUGAUACCUUCACCUCAUGUGUGAAGUUGGGGGAAACAUAUGUGUGCAAAUAUGUAUAAAUGUCUGUGUGUUUGUAUAUAAUUUAUAUAUUUAGGAGGUUCUAAAAAGUAAUAUAUGAGUAUAUAAUUUAAAAGUAAAUUUUAAUGAAAUAUAUAUAUAUAUAUAUAUGGUAUAGUACUAUUGUUAUGGAAUAUAUAAACAGAAAUUACAUCUAUAUUUUGUUCACUGGUGGCACAUUUUCCCUCUGAGUGUCUGAAACUUCACUUGAUUAAUAUAUUAUGAGAGGUUUCCAACACCUUUAGUCAAUGUGCAGCAGACUGAGAAACUUACUAAUAUCUGCCGUUGAUAUAAUUUCAGCUGACUCACUAGAUACAUCAUAAUAAUUCUUUAUUCAGAUGGUAUGUGACAGUUAGAAAAGGUUAUAUGAUCUUAAUUAUCAGUCAAAGAAGUCAAUAUUUUGUCUGCAGAAGUUUAUAAUCUUAUUGCUAUUUUGUCUCAGGAAAGCACAUUCGAGGGGAUUUUAUGCAUAAAAGUAAGGGCUUAUUAAAAACCAGUCAUUCAAGAAAGCCAUCUAGAUAGAUUACCUUACAGUCCUACUAUGGAUUGUAUGGAUUUCUGAUGACAGUGUUUGCCAAAACAGGCAAUGUGUCUUUUAUGCCAACCAAAAAUGUGCAUUUAAUUAGCAUACUAACUGUUAGAACUGUGAUGACUUCAUUUGCUGGUGUAUAUGUGGGGUCUUUGUGUAUAUGGAGACAGAGAGCGAAAGGCCACAUAAUUAGGAAAGGGGGUCCCAGUGCUUCAGAUCGCUAUAAAUACCGCCACCUAUAAAGGCAACAGCCAGGGAACCAUAAUUUAUCUACGUAAUAACAAGUGCAUGACCAGAAGCAGCCGCCAGCUCUUUAGCCCUUUAUGGAGAAUGACAAGCAACCAUCUUCACUGUAAAUAUCAAAUACUAUGAACUAUAAAGAAUUCUGUACAGUGUGUAAAUCUCAUGAGUAAAAUGACCGCUGGCAUGGGGUGUCUCAUGUCCCACACUGGCCAACCUGCCAGCUUGUGCUUUGUGUACAAAAGAAACAUACAAUUCAAAAAGCAUCGUGAAUGUGGCUGGCUCGUAUGGACUGUUGAUAACAAGUUGUAACCAGAAACAUAUUGAUCUCUGUAGAGUUUCUAUACAUGUUGUGUUUGUAAUAUGAGAACCUUCAAAACGUUACCUUGGCUUCCAUGUAAUUUCUGAAAUGGGUGGAGGUGGAUGUGGAUAUGUAAAAAUAAAUUAUAAUAAUUGAAAAACAAGAUGAAAAAAUAAUUUUGUUUUAAAAAGUUACAUUCACUGUUGUAAGUGCAAUGAGCUAAACUCCAUGUAUCCAUUGUGAAACCUCGUGUAUGUGUCAGUGUAUUCCUGUAAACAGUUGUAGUAAACUUGGUGCAUCAUGUCAUGUAAUGUGAUAACUGAAAAAAAGACCUGAUGAGUCAUUUCCAUCCAGGAAAAAAAUAAAGAAAA